CACAAAAAACAGAGUCAAACUCAGCUUCUUGGUAACUGCUUUUUCUCAGUUAUGCUCCAUUUCCUAGCAGCAAAUAGAGUCACAGCUCCUUUAGGAGGCAGCUUCCUUGGCUCAGUGUCUAACAUGGGUACAGCUCUUUUAAGAGGCCCUGCUACCAAACACUUAAAUGGGGUUUAUGAUCAGUGGGUGAUGUGUUACUUGGUGGCAGCAUGUACUCAACAACUUCCCAGAGCUGGGGCGGUAAACAUGGCUCCUGCCAGUACCUCCACCAUGAGGCUAAGCUCUCAGACAACCAAGUGGGGGGGGGAAUGAGCCAGCCACCAGCUGCCAUGCAAUGACACCAUUCACAAAGCUGAGCAUUGCCAGCGACUAACACAGCAACUUAAGAUUCAUUUCAUGUGAUCUAAAAACAAUACAGAUGCUCAGUAAAGACAGAUCUAGAUUUAAAAAAAAAAAACUCUAAAUAGGUUAGAGUGUCUUAAAAAUAUACACGGGAUUGGGAGAGAAAAUAGAAAGGGUAGAGACAGUCAUAGAUAGAAAAUGUUUAAAAAUAAAAAACUAAACUCCUUAAAAAGGAAUAAAGUAAAAAAGUAUAUAAUAAGCCAUGUAAAAAUGAGAAAUAUACAGAGAGUCUGGAUUCUGUAUGUUAUUGUGUUGUCUUUAGAUUUUCUGGUUGCUAAUGAAGGAACAACAGCUGCUAAGACACAUUGGAUAUAAAAACUGCUGGAUUAUACCAACCUAUAUAUUUUAAAAAUGUCUUGACUUCAAAAUGAAAAUCAAAGAUAUGCUACUUUGGGGUUAUGCUUUUUUUCCACAGGAACUGAAAGGCUGUGGAUUCAUUCCAAGUUGAUAUGGAUCAGGUUUGAUUGGGGAAGACAUCCUGAAAUCUUGACUACAGACACAAAGAAAUAAACCUAGAAGAAUGACAAGACACAUGAUGUAUAUUUUAUCUGCUCAAACAUAAAACAAAAAAGAAUCACCUUUGACUGACUUAUGUACAAUGCACAAUCUAUACUUGUAUUAAUACAGACAUGUAUGUUACCUAUAAAAGUUUAUGUAUUUUCAGAACAAGGAGAUCAGACACCAAUGAAAAUGAAUGGCACAUGUGAUCCAGCAUCUCAAAAUGUCUCUGUUACAGUCUCCCCAGAAUCCUACAUCCAAAACAGCUUCAAGGCUGCUGACUGAGAUGGUCCAACCUCACAAACUACUCCAGUUAAAAACAUAACAAUUAUCCUGAUUUUCUCAAGGUUUCCCCAAAGAUGUCAGUGCCCACAGACAACAGGAAGUAGUCUAGAGAAUAAAGCCCACAUUUCCAAGAGAUGGGGUUUGGGAGGGUUUUGAUUAUUCAAUGAAUUAUGAAUGUUUGUCAUUGUUUAGGGGGGUUGGUUAUAAGUUAUUAGACAUAGUCAAAAAAAGAGCUAAACAAAAAGAGUUAAAUUCGCCAGGCAGUGGCGGUGCAUGCCUUUAACCCAGCACUCGGGAGGCAGAGGCAGGCAGAUCUCUGUGAGUUUGAGACUCGCUAAAGAGCGAGUUCCAGGACAUGCUCCAAAGCUACACAGUAAAACCCUGUCUCGAAAAACAAAUAAAUAAAUAGAUAGAUAGAUAAAUAAAUAAAUAAAUAAAUAAAUAAAUAAAUAAGUUAAAUUCAAAGUUCUCUUUCUAAAGGAAAAAAGGAUAGGAGUGGCAUUAAAAAAAGGUAGAUUAUUAAAUCUACUUUAAUCCAAAAGAACAACUAUUAAUCUCAAAAUAUUUUACAUUGGUAUGGAUUUUGGUUUAUUGACACAAAUUUAAAGUUUAUUUUGUUAUACUGUAUUUAUGUUUGUACUCUUGUUUGGGAUAUUUUGUUUAUGUAGCUCAUUUAAAAUAUAUAUAAUUAAAAAUACAGAUUAAUAGUCAACUAUAAUAGUCAAAUUUAUAGUCAGGUAUGUUUUCAAGGUCAUAUACAGAUAUAUUUAGAUAGAUAGAUGAUCUUCAAACACUUCAAAGCUCUAUAGACUAUGGCACUUAAGAUGUUUCAAUAAUAUAAAGCUUUUUAUAAUAAUGAGACAGUCUACUCCUGGCAGCACCAGUCUACUUCAGAGAAGAUGAUGGGCAUUGAAGAAACUCCAUAUGGAGUUUGCUUUCUUUAUGGCAAAAGUUAGCCACUGGUCAAGAAACUGCCCUUGCCUCAACUGUUGACAGUAUGUUGUCCAAAUUGGACAAGCAGGACACAAAAGAAAGCAACUGCUGAACUUUGUCAAGACAAGGUGGGACAGUCCUUCAAAAUUCCUGAUUCACAGGAAAGUCUGUCAAAUAUCCUAGGCCUGUAGGCCAAAGAUGGAUGCCACAACGUUGCAAAGGAACCUUGAGUGACUGUCCAAGCAGCCAGUUGUCUUUGUCAUUUCUAUAGUUUUGGAAGUCAUUUGCUUUGUAUUUCCUGUUUACUCAGAUAACAUUAAUAUCCUUCUCAGGUCUUUGAUGGGGUUGAAGACUAGAUAGUUACAGUUACAGUUCUCCCUAAUCAUGAUAGAAAGUAAAUUAGGUACAAAACUCUGGACUCUUUAAGAGAGGACAACUGAUGGAAUAUUUCCUCUAUUUUGCCAAAUACAAAUGGACUGAAUAUUGUAACCGUAAUUCUUACUUGCUAACUGUUUUUGAUGUAUAUAAUUUUACUAUGUUAAAGUUAAAAUCUUCCUUUUUAAGUAGACAAAAAGGGGGAAAUGUGGAAUAUUCCUUUACACUGUGUGAAUAUGUCACUGUGAUUGGGUUAAUAAAGAAGCAUACUGGCCAAUAGCUGGACAGGUAGAGGUUAGAAAGGACUUGCAGAAAAAAAGAGAGUGCAAAGAGGGAGCAGAGGAGUCUCUGAGAAUCAGGAGGAGACAUGGAGAGAAGAUGAAUUUGUCAUACUGAAAAAAGGAAUCAAGCCACGUAGCAGAGCAUAGAUAAAAUGGGUUAAUAUAAAAUGUAAGAGUUAGCUAGUAACAAGCCUGAGCUAUUGGCCAAGCAUUUCUAAUUAAGAAGUCUCUGACUUUAUUUGAGAGUGGCUGCCAGGACAGGAAAGCUCUGCCUACAAAUAAGAGGCUUCUUUUUCUGUGUUGCCAUUGUAUCAAGUACUGACCUCAGUUAGUGUAACUGCCUUAGUAGUUCUCCAACAACUUUGUAUACCACUGAGCACAUGAGAUUAUAAACUACUGGAAGGCAGCAGGUUUCAUUAUAGUAACUGCAUCUUCCCCCAUGUGGCACAGGACCAGGAACAAAAGAGUUUCAGUCAGUUCUGCUACAGUGUUGGUUUGAAAUGCAAAUUUGUUCAAAGACAGCUGACACAUUAGGAAACUGAGCAGUGAGUUUCAUGCUUAUAAGUGAUUCUGCAAUUUCAGAAAUGAUAAACAGAAAACUUCACACAGAUGAUACUGGCUGAGCAGGAAAGCUCAAUAUGUACUCUUCUUCCAAUAUCUCUCAGCUACCUCAGUUUACCACUAUAACUUUCAACCCAAUUCUGACAAGUCUUUCUACAAAACUCAAGUUUUUUCUCAAGAUAAAGGGCUGUAUUUAUUGUAGUACUUGCAUACUUUCUAACCAUAUUAUGCCUAAAACAGUUCUGUCACUUCUUUUGUAUGUGUGUGUGUAUGCAUGUGGAGGCCAGAGGUUGACUUCCUCAAUUGCUUUCCAUUUAUUUAUGGAAACAGGGUCUCUUGCUAAGCUUAGAGCUACUCUAGGCUAGCUAGCUUAUUCAAGGGACUUCCUGUUCAUUUCCUAAUUGCUAGGAUUACAAGUAGGCCACCACAUCCACUUGACUUUUAUGUAGGUGCUAAGGAUCCAAACUCUAAUCUUCAUACUUGUAUGGCAAGUACUUUAUCCCACAAGCUAUCUCCCUGGUCUUCAUUUCUACCAUUUUCAUGUGUUACUGAUAUUUUGGGAGUGCUACAUCCUUACUUUCAUUUUUCCAAUAAAUCCAUUGGUUUUCACUAUGAUUUUUGCAUAGUGUGGUCAUUUUAAGGAUGCCUCUUUAUAGCAGAAAGAACUGCAUUCAGCAGUCUUCUGGUUGAUGGUGAACAACACUUUCUCUUCUCCAUAGAUAUCUAACUCCUAAAACUGUAGUAACAAGUGUAUUUGUCAUUGAGGCUAGCAGAUCUGCCCACAGUUGAAGGUAAUAAAUGUUUAUUCAUAAUCAACUGCAUGCUAAGCAAUGUGAGGCUGUGAAGACAAUGUGUCUAAUGAGAAGCAAUGCUUGUACUAGGCUUCUACAGUUAUUACAAUAGAGUUGGGUAGAUGCCAUUAUAGAAUUAUACAAGUUUUCUCCAACUACAAAAACCUCCCGGAGGAAGCAUUCCUCCUUCUCAGAUAUUUCAAAGGCUUUCCUUGCUUAUCCCCUUUCCUGUUACCUUACUAAACAUGCUGAGUCUGUGAGCACUGAGCAAGGAUACAGUACCAGGAAGAGUUAAUAUGGAACAGGUGGGAGAGAUAAGGGCCCCGAGGGAUGCAGGUAGAACAGUUCCAUAAAAGGCCCCAAGAGGCACUGGUCAAGGUAGAGAGAGGCUGCCAGCACACAGUGCUCAGAGUAGCUCCCUAGUCAAGUCUUCAGCUGGUGGCUUUGUCUUCCCUCAACGUUGAAGCUUCUGCUGGGGGCCAGAUGCUUGCAGGGGGCUCCAUCUCCUCAUCCUGCCUCCUCUAUCAGAGGUGUUUCUUCACACAUUUAGUACUCUGGGAUUUUUACCAUUUCCUCCUUCAGUUGCCUUACCUCUGAGGCAUUCCAGAAGUAAGACUCUAGUGGAAUCCCCUUCUGGAUCCAGAAGAUGAAAGGACACCAAGAAGAAAAGCUUCUUUUCUGCUGUCAUCAUCUCUCUCUCUCUCUCCAUUGCUCCCUACUCCCAACUUAACUCUCUACCUGAUGUUCCAGAUUACAACAUCAGCACCAAAUCCAGAAUAAUGUAAGCACCCCUUGGGCCCACCAAAUUUCCUCUGUCAUUCCAGGCUCCCAGACUCACUCCAGAUCUUACCUGUGACCCCAUUAUAGUUUUUCCCUGUCUUCCUAUUCUGCCUCUCCUUGCUUCCUAGUGUAUUGGUACCCCAAAUAUUAAUUAUAGGAAACAGUUAAGAUCACUGUGUCUACCUCUAUUAUAGAAGCAAAAUCAAGAGGCUCAAAGUCCCUCCCAAAAAUAUAGUAAAGAAGAGAUAACCUGAUCACUCCACACCAGUUUUCUUCCCAAAUACAGAGACCAAGACUGACUGUCCUUGGACUCUGAGGGAGAAAACAGUCAUCUCAGCUCUGUCUCCCCAGAUACUCACACUGAAGGAUUCUGCCUGUACCAGCACCCCAUCAGUCACAUACUUCCUUAACCCUUCCUUUCUACCCCUGCCUCUGCUCUCCCUAUAACACUCAUGGAUUACUAGGAGCAAGGAUUCUCCCAUUCUAGCUAGUGUCAUUAUCCAUCCAACCUGUCUCAAGCAAAAAUUAUGUCCCUGUAAUAUUCCAGGCCCUUUACCAGUCCAUGUAUGGGUUUGUGCCACUGUGACAUCCCCAGAAUCUCUCCUCCUGCCCUUCCCUCAUCAGGAACAAUACCCCUGUGAGACCCAAACUUCAUCCUUACAAGAUGGCACACAGUCCAACUCCACAGUCCAACUCCACCUUCCAAUGCCCAGCUUUCUUCAUAUUGACUGGCAUCCCAGGGUUGGGAGAUGGCCAGGCCUGGCUGACACUGGUGUUUGGGCCCAUGUAUCUGCUGGCCCUGCUGGGCAAUGCAACACUUCUGACAGUGAUCCGGAUAGACUCUACACUGCACCAGCCCAUGUUUCUACUCCUGGCUACACUGGCAGCUACUGACCUGGGUUUAGCCACAUCUAUAGCCCCAGGACUGCUAGCUGUGCUGUGGCUUGGGCCCCGACCUGUUCGAUAUGCUGUCUGCCUCAUCCAGAUGUUCUUUGUACAUGCACUGACUGCUGUGGAAUCUGGUGUGCUUUUGGCCAUGGCCUGUGAUCGCGCUGUGGCAGUGGGACGUCCACUACACUACCCUAUCGUGGUUACUAAAGCCCGGGUGGGCUAUGCAAUCUUGGCAUUAACACUGAAAGCUGUGGCUAUUGUGGUGCCUUUCCCUCUGUUGGUGGCACGAUUUGAGCACUUCCAUGCCAAGAUCAUACACCAUGCCUAUUGUGCACACAUGGCAGUUGUAGAGCUGGUGGUAGGUAACACACGAGUCAACAACUUAUAUGGGCUGGCACUUUCAUUGGCUGUGUCUGGGGUAGAUAUUCUGGGCAUUGCUGGAUCUUAUGGGCUCAUUGCCCAUGCUGUGCUUCGGCUACCUACCCGGGAGGCCCGGGCAAAGGCCUUUGGUACAUGUAGUUCUCACAUCUGUGUCAUCCUGGCCUUCUAUGUGCCUGGUCUCUUCUCCUACCUCACACACCGCUUUGGUCGUCACACUGUCCCAAAGUCAGUGCAUAUCCUUUUGUCCAACAUCUAUUUGCUGCUGCCACCUGCCCUCAACCCCCUCAUUUAUGGGGUCCGCACCAAGCAGAUCAGGGAUCGAUUCUUAGAAAUGCUCAAAUUCAGAAAAAAGCCAUUUUAAUGGACAGUGGGACCUUGGAGUAAACAGGGUAAGGAAACUCCCUUUGAGCAAAACCUAGUCUAGAAGUGUGGGUUAUGUUGUCUUUGUCCUACAUAUGCAUGCAUAGAACUGUGAUGACCCAAAAGGUAUUGACUGUGAAGCCCUUGGUGUAUACCACUGGCACCCGUAUACUUUGGCCUAGCCAGCCAUGUCUUUCUUGAAAGGAGGCAAAGGCAGGUGCUGCACAUUACCAUGCAGGGAAUACAAAAGGAGAUGAAGGAACUAGUUGAGAUCCCAAGAUCUAGUCUAUUUGAGAAUCUCCCUUUCCUGUCCCCACCCCAUCAUUUGAACCCAAGUCUCACUAUGCUUAAAUGUGUCGAUGUCUGGAGUUACAACGCUCUCUGUACCUGCAGUCAGACUCUAUUUUCAGCCUGUUCUCAAGGAGUUACACAAACUUAUACUCCACAUUUUAAGAAACUGGAAAGUGUACCCUAUAGUGCCAAUCUACCCAGAAUAUGGGACUUUAAGACACUCCCAAAGAAUUCUCUUGGUCUUGUGUGUAAUCACUACUUUCCUCUUCCUUCAAUUCCAAUGAACAUCCCCUAAAGCAAUACCUACAACUUCUUUCUCUGAGGCUGGGACUUUGGGAGUCAAGUAUCCAACUGAAAAAUUAAAGAUGGUAUCUAAAUGAUCAAGCCAUUGUAAUUACUUGUCAAAAUCUGCCGUUUUGUUUUCCCUCAGCCAAGAAUGGAAAGUCCCCCAAUAAAAUCCCAUCAGAACCCCUAUGUGUCCUGUUCAUUGUCACUAACAGCAUGUGAUACUGGUGCAAUAUGAUGAAAUUGGGAGUAUUUCAUGCUGCUGCCACUGCCCAGAGACAUUAAACAGGAAGUGGCAUGGUGUUGCCCAAUGGGGGAAUUCAUUUUCAGUUAAGGCUGAAUAAUAGAAGGAAUAAUAUAUGAGACAGGGAGCCACAGCUGUAAAGUCAGAGAAAACUGCAGUCAUCAAGUCUUGGUGUUAGUCAGAGAUCUGAAGCAAGAACCACUCUGCACAGUAGCUCAGAGAGCUGGACCAAGCAGCAUGAGACAUCAUACAGACGAGGUAGCUCCUGUGUAGAACAUUUGUCAUUUCUAGGGCUAAAUGGGGUCUCACUAGACCCCUAUAAAUAAAGAGGUACCUCAAAAUGCCUGCAUGAUUUCAAGAGCACACUGAAUCUGAAUGGCUGAAGAGGGCGUCUAGUCCAGUGUUUCUCAACCUUCCUAAUGCUGCAACCCCUUAAAACAGUUCAUGUUGUGAUGACCAUCAACCAUAAAAUUAUUUUCAUUGCUACUUCCUAACUGUAAUUUUGCUGUUAUGGACAAUAAUGUAAAUACCUUUGGAGAUAGUGGCUUGUCAAGGGGGUCACAACCCACAGGUCAAGAACCACUGGUCUAGUCAAUCAUGUAUGUGUUUAGUUAUUCCCAAAACUUAUUUUUCAUGAAGUUCUAAGUUUAAAAGCUCUCCACGAAAUGAUUUUAUAGAAAACUAACGAACUACUAGUCCUAGAGCUAGAAGAGAUGGCUCAGUGGGAAAACUCCUUGCCUGAAAGCAUGACAACCUCUGUUCAGAUAGAUUCCCAGCACCCACAUAAAAGCUAGGUGCAAGUCUGCAACCCCAGUACUGAGGAGGAAGACAGAGAAGAGAUAGGCAGAUCCCGGGAGCUCCCAGGCCAUUCAGUGAACUCCAGGUUAAGAAAGAGACUGCCCCAAAAGAUACGGAGAAUGACAGAGGAAAACACCCCACCUUCAACUCUGGUUCCUCCGUACACAUGUGUGUGCACACAAAAACAUACUGAACCUGAUGGAUCACAAGAUACCCAUCUCUCUCAUAAGAAAUUUCCCUUUAGGGAUGUGGGGAUAUGGGGUGGCUUGGGAGGGAGGGCUGGGGGAUGGGAGGAGGGAGGAGGUGGGAUCUGUGGGUGGUGUGUAGAGUGAGUAGAAAAUUUCUUAAUAAAGAAAAAUGAAAAAAAAUUUCCUUUUGAUAAAUCUAUUCUGAAAAAUAACUGAGAUGUGAACAAACAUGUAUGGCAGUAGAAUAUUUAUUACAUUAUUAUUAAGAAAUAUAAAGGAAUUCCUGUGUGAUAAUCCCAUAUCACACAUACAUACACACACACACACCAUUUUCCCUCUGAUACAUGGGAAGGGAAAUCAUGUGCAAUCAAUGCUCAUGAGCAGAGUCUGUCACCAUCCCAACAUGGAGAGGGCACUGAGUCUGUCGCCAUCCCACCGUGAGAGACUGCUCUAAGGCACCUUCAGCUCCUAGCUGUGCAGAUCUCCCAAGGUCUCUUGUUCCAAAGCUGUGUGCUGAGAAUGUUUUUCCUUCAAGCCAUAAAUCUAACACAUUUGUGUUUUGUUGACAAUGCAUACAUACCUACCAUGUGAUAUGUUCAGAAAGCUUUAUCAGCACAUUCUCAUUCUUCACAAUAACCUGAGAAUCAACAAUAUGCCCACAACUCAUCACCUAUAUUUUCAAAAUAAAUACUCUCUGUAGAAACUUUUUUUCUAUAGCUUUGGCCCAAACCCUAGUCCCAUCCAUUAUGAUCUUAUUUAUAGCCUUUACUUCACUUAGUGUAAAUAUUCACAUACUUAACUGAAAAGAAUGUUGAUAUGUUUGACUAUAGGGCACCCUGAAUCUCAACUGUGAUAUUCCUUAACAUAUGAAAUAUUAUUCCCUUCCAUAAACUGAAAAAUUCUCAGCUCUAGUACAUAUAUAUCCCAAAAAGCUUAAAAUAAAGCAUCAAGAGUUUAUAUAAUUAUCCCUGCAGCCUGAAACAAAGGAGUAUUAAGGAUCUUUAUCACCUCAAAGUCUUUACUGUCAACGCUAUUCUAUGCUGCCAUGAGAUUCACGCAGAUAGUCUCACGUUCUGUGCAUAAACCGUCCUAUUUAUUUCUCCCAGUCUCCAUCCAGAUCACUCUGAUAUCCUCAAGGUGAUCAGUGCCUCUUCCAAAGAUACCACAGAAUGAUGGCACAUGGGAAGCAAAUCCCAGCAAGAUACAGACCAACAGCCCAACCCUUGGGCUCACCAACUCAUCCAGACUCAAUUGCCAUCUGUUUUUCUUCAGUAUCUUUCAGUCUCAGACUCUGAGCAAAAAGGAAAGAGAUUUACUCAACAUUAAGAUACAUCACAGAAUUUAGGGAGCCUAGAGAUUCACAAGAAUCAGAAAGCAAGAAAAGGGCAGAAGGUGUGGGCUUCCAACUGAGUAGUUUAUCAGAACCCAAUCUGCCCUCUGAACCCAUGUCCAUGAACAAAAACUCUAAAAUCUUCUGCUUCCUAUUUGACCAAUAAGCCACCAUCCCUGCACUGAUCUCAUCCAUCUCUUCUCAUUCUGGAUUCCCCGUGUCAUCUGUCCCUCUUUGCCUCUCAGUCAGCUCUUCGACACUGCAAAGGUGCAGAGGUACAUGGUUCUGUCCCUUCUACUGGUCUCUAUCUGUCUCUUACUCCACUUCAGUGUUCCUUAUAAUUUCUUUCAGAAGGGAACAGAGUUGCCAACUACACUACACUAUCUAUCUUUUCCUUGUCAAACAAAAUGAAAGGAUGUGCUAAACUAGGUGUGAUGGUAUAUACCUGCAAUUGUAGCACUUAAGACAGAAAAAGAAGUACCACAAGUAGGAGGCCAGCUUCAGUGACACAGUGAUAUGCUGGCUCAGGGAAUGGAGAGAAUGGCUCAGGGGUUAAAAGCACUGGCUACUCUUCCAGAGGACAAGGGUUCAAUUCCCAGCACCCACCUGGCAGCUUACAAUUGUCUCUAAUUCCAGUCCAAGGAAUUUGAUGUCCUCUUCUGGACCCCACUGGCACCAGGAACACACAUGAUGCAUAGACAUACACGUAGGCAAAACAUCCAAAAACGUUAAAAAUUAGAGCCCUAAUAUCAAAGAUGGUAUUUUGUUAGGGCCUUGUUAAACAGGUAUAAAGAAAGAAUUUGGUUUUGGUUCUCUUAAGAAACUCAAGGUUUCUCAUUUGGACUGAUGUGGCUUCUCUUGUAUCCUGCCCACUUCCUUCUCACUAAGCCACAAGUAUUUCUCUCAUCACACACUGAAGUGAGCCAUGCAACAGCACCAAAAGGAGCUACUGUUCCAAUAGUAAGAGCUGGAACCCCAGGUCUGUUAUUAACUAUUCACUGUAUUGUUGGCUAAUUAAUUUUUCUGAACCCUUUCUUCACUAUAAAAUGAAACAAUAAUGCCUACUUCAGAAAAGAAGCUGGGCACAGUAGUGCAUACCUGUAAUCCCAGCAUUCAGGAAUCUGAAGCAGGAGGAUUGCUGUGAGUUCUGGCCAGUGUGUAGCUACAUAAUGAGUUCAGAGCCAUUCUGGAUUACAUAGUGGGGCCCUGUCUCAAAAAAAAAAAACCAAAAAACAAAACAAAAAACCACCAAGAGAUUCCUAAAAGAA